AUGGCGAAGGAAAUCGCCGUAUUAUCGACUUUGUCGGAUAAGGUCGAUCCGUAUGCUUUGUUUGAAGCUUUGACCGGCAAGAAGAUUGGUCCUGAUGAUUUCUCCGAAAGCUCAUCUGAGACGUUUUCAGAAGACUACAAUUUCGUAACAGGUCACAAUGCAAGCAAUCUCACCACUUGCCAGGUGCUGCGACCAGAUCCGCCGCCUAAGGAUUCUGAGCUCAAUAUCGGGGCCAUAAAUCCUUAUGCGCUGGUUGAGGCCAUGCUGGGGCACAGACUAGACUGUGGUAGUACGCAUGUUGCCAAGGUCAUCUCCGACGUUCUACAGACAGACUACGAUGAGCUCUUUGAUAUGAGGAACAACUCAGUACUCUAUGCCGGUCUCGAGCUCAAUGUGGAAGAGCGACGUGCUGAGAAACUCAGCCGUCGAGACAUCACAAUCUUGCCGGAAAAGGACCUUCAGACACCAGACCUCUCCGGAAUCCAGAAGCUCAGCGACCUCGAGUAUGUUGGCCUCAAGGCCCUCGGUCAAAUUAAUGUCAAGACCGCUCGCCUCCAGAAUGGCAAACUCCAUGUGGUACUGGAUGCUCGGUCCAUUGCCAAGACCCUGUCCAACCGCGCUGUCACCAGGACAAUUAACGAAUUGGCCGUCCCCUUUCGUGUAGAAGACGAACGGAGUUUCGGCGUCCCACCCGUGUGUGCUUGGCGAAAUAUCGAUGAAGUCGUCUUCAAAAACUAUCACUUCAAGAAUUCCAUUCAAAACCUCGCGUCGGAAAUCAACCAUCUAGAAGCUCGACACAAGAAUGUCACGAGCGUAUUUGCAGACUAUAGCCCCGCUACCGUCCAAUAUGACGGGCCAAUCCAAGGAGCGUGCAGCAACUCCUGGUUGAUUGCAGCUAUCUCUUCAGUAUUCUGGUCAGAUCCUACCGUGAUUCACCAAGUUUUCCGCGGCGACGGACCCCCUUACCGAAAGGACAAGGACAGCGCCCAACCGUUCCGGCAUGAUGUCGAGCUCCAUGACAAAGGCGGUCGCAACAAUGCCGCGACUCGAGUCCUCAAGGUUACUUACGAGGUUCCGGUCAACAAGACCAUGAAUGAGCCUAUCUACUGUCGCUCUUCAGGUGGAACUGAUUAUUGGCCUGCCUUAUACGAGAAGGCUUUCGCAAUGUGGUUUACGGCAAAAGAUCCGUACUGGGGACGCCCUGACCGCCCUGAUAUCACACAGACCGCGUAUGGUGACCCUGUCAAAGCAAUGGCUCAAAUAGAUGGGCGCGAGCCACAGUACUUCUUCACUAAGAGCCAUCACGAUCUGAUCGGGCUGGUGCGCCAGAGCUCUGUCAACUUCAGGACGAAAGAUCCGAUGGUCGCCUGGACCCAUGCAUCGGGUGACCUGUUCCGCGGCGCGAACCUGGUAGCGAACCAUGCCUAUUCUAUUCUUGGCUGGAGCAACAUCGGCAACCGACAGUACAUAGUCAUCCGGAACCCAUGGGGCAUCACGGAGCCGCCUGGCUUGACGAACUACCCAGGUCUGCUUGAUAGAGUUGGCCCUUCAUUCUGGCCACCAGCUGCUCUUCUUGACAGUGGUGGUGUCAUGGCUGUGGACGCACCUUACUUUUGCGAGUAUUUUGCCUGCAUCGGUAGAACUAGGUGAGACUGAGAGGUGGUUGAAGUUGAAUGAUAU